AUGGAGCUCAACGAGCUGCAGCGCCUCGCAGCGGCGUUCUAUGCACAACAAAUGCGGUACACCUUCACUGCCUCGCAGCACCCAUCGACGCCAGGCACAUACCGCUUCGUCUUCUCGCGGCCCACCAACGCCACGCCCGAGUCGCCUGUCUACGUCACGGCCGACAUCUCACGCGCCGCGAAACAAGACGAGAGCGACAGCGCGGCAACGGUGUACUGCGCCAUGAUCGAGGGGCUGAGCUGGCCGUACUACUUCAAGCUGCGCGGCGGCGUUGUGGACGAGGGAGGAUUCUCAGAGAGUCUGCUGGAGAAGGUGGACAUGCAGAAAUGUAAGGUCAAUGAGCGGUGCUUUUGGAUGUAG